GUAAUCUCAGCUGCACCUAACUUUAUUUUAGUAAACCAGUAAUAGAGUACAAAAAUAAAAAUCUUUAUUCAUUAAACACGAAAUAAUGUCUAGUUUUGUAGAAUUUAUUAAGGAAAAUAUAUUGUAUGAAAUUUUAGCCGUAUCAUGGCUUUUAUUUUUUUGGAGAUUAUAUUUAAAUCUUCGUCAGAGAGCUUUUAUGAUGCAUUUGAACAAUUAUCCUAAAUCUGUUGAAGAUUUAAUGACAAAAGAUAUUUAUGAGAAAGCACACAGUUAUUUAUUAGAUAAAUUAAAUUUUGCUAAUUUCAAAGAUAUAUGUUCUGAACUUUUUACAACGGUUUUUUUGUUAACUUUAUCUUAUCAUCGAUUUUGGCUAUGGAGUAUUGAUGUGGUAAAAUAUUUUGGCUUUGAUAGUACAAAUGAAAUUCUCCUAAGUGGUGUUUGUAUGAUGCUUAUGAAUACUUUUCAUGAAAUAAUAUUUUUACCAUUUAAGAUUUACUUCACAUUUGUUGUGGAACAAAAACACGGAUUUAAUAAAGAAACACCAUUAUUCUUUGUCAAAGAUCAAAUUCUUAAAUACAUUGUACGUGAAAUAAUUACAGUGCCUCUUCUAUGUGCUAUACUGUGGAUUAUAAAGAAUAUGGGAGACUAUUGUUUUCUUUAUCUGUGGAUAUUUUUAAUAAUUGCUACUCUCUUCUUUAUGAUUAUUUAUCCACAUGUAAUUGCUCCACUCUUUGAUAAAUAUACGCCUCUUCCAAAUGGAGAUUUGAAAACAAAAAUUGAAGCAUUAGCAGCAUCAAUUAACUAUCCACUUUGUAAAAUAUUUAUUGUUGAAAACUCAAAAAGAUCUUCACACAGCAAUGCAUAUUUAUAUGGCUUUUACAAAUAUAAAAGGAUCGUUCUAUAUGAUACUUUAGUGAAAGAAUACUGUAAACCAGCAGAAGGUGAAACAGAAGCAAAAGGAUGUACUACAGAGGAGGUAUUAUCAGUAUUGGCACAUGAAUUAGGACAUUGGAAAUAUAGUCACACAUUAAAACUGUUUAUGUUUGGUCAGCUGCAUUUGUUAAUGAAUAUGUAUGUAUAUUCAAAACUCAUGAAUUUUAAACCUAUUUUUGAGGCUUUUGGAUUUAUGGAUACACAACCUACAUUUAUAGGAUUUAUUAUUAUUACUAUAUAUAUUACAAGUCUUCCAAAUGUAUUACUACAAUUUAUAACAACUGCGAUUAAUAGAAAAUUUGAAUUUGAAGCAGAUAAAUUCACAAAAGUUUUGGGACAUUCACAAGCACUAAAAAGCUCUUUAAUUAAGCUAGAAAAGGAUAAUCUUUCUUAUCCUCUUUAUGAUAAGUUAUAUUCUAGUUAUAAUCAUAGCCAUCCUCAAAUACUUGAAAGACUUGAAGCUGUCGAUAAAGAAGAUUAA